UUACUUGCUUUUGCACAGUGCCUUACACUGAAAUGCUAUGUGUGUUGAGCCAAUGAGGCAGAGGCGUCAUAUUACUGCAGCCCUCCCCCUCGCCCUGGCUCUCUCACACCUCAGUGGUUUUAUCCAAACCCGGUGUUUCCGUCUCUGUCCGACAUUAAACCAUGUAACCGACCCAGUUCGGGGACAUUGAGGCUCCUCGGUGUCGCCCGAAAUCCAAACAAUACGGCAACAAACGACACAGCGGCCGUGAGUUCCCCAUGGAGCCUAACCGGAGAGAAGUGCCGAGUCCGCGGUGUUGAAGGAAACCACUUUCAAGAGCUGCUGCCCCUGCAGGCGCCAUCCAAGACGUAAACACACACCCAGGCGUGCGAGUUACCCAGUGGACAGGAAGACAACAUGGCCUCCAGCACGCCACCCGGGAGUCCUCUCAGCGGCCUCACGGACAGGACCGGCAGCUUCUUUAAGCUGAUUGACACAUUUGCGUUGGAGAUUGGGGAGCUGAAGAAAGAGAUGGGCCAGACCUCUCCAACAGUUGCCAAGGAGCCUAUAAAGCUACAGGGGCUGGAGAGUGAAGUGAGUGGUGUUUAUCUGCAGUCCCCUCACUGUAGUGGGGUCGGGGGUGAAAGGGAUUCUGGGUACGACUCCCUGCGGAGGAGGAUGAGCGUCUUGGACAGGCUGACUCAAACCCACCCGGUGUGGCUGCUGCUAGCAGUCAGUGAAGAGGAGGCCAGUCGCAUUCUGCUCAAACAGCCACCAGGGGUGUUCCUAGUCAGGAAGUCAGCCACUCUGCAAAGAAAGGUUCUGUCUAUGCGUCUGAAGGAGGAUCAAUCUGGGGCUCCCAUCAGCCACUUCCCUGUUAGAGAGAGCCAGUACACCUUUUCUCUUGAGGGAUCUGGGAUCAGCUUUGCAGAUCUGUUCCGCCUGGUGGCUUUCUACUGUAUUAGCAGAUCUAGGGAUGUCCUGCCUUCCACACUCAAACUCCCAGAGGCCAUUGCAUCUGCUAAGACACAGAAAGACCUGGAGGAGGUCGCUCAGCUUGGUGCAGGUUUCUGGGACUCUGCCCUGUGCAGUCAGCGUCGCACCUCUCCACGCCCCAGUCGUCCUCUGAGCCGUACCCUCAGCCCCCAGCGAACGAACAGGAACAGGGAGGUUGAGGGGUCUCAGCAGAGAUACCCCGGGGCUCAGUGUGACAGCGCGCCCCCGACCCUACGGCCCUGCGCUCCCCCAUCUUCCUUUCGUCUGGAGAGAAAACAAUCCAGCGGCCCUCUGUGCUUCGUCAACCCCUUGUUUCUCCAGACUCACCAGCACCACCACCGCUGUGAGGACGAUGUGCCUUCACAUGCCGCCAAGUCUAAUAACAAUGUAGACAAUGCGGAGAAAACAUCCGUGAAGCCAUUAAGCAGCAGUCAAGGUAGCGAGCAGCAGGUGGACAAGAUUAAACUGAGCGGCAAAUCGCGGUCCCCUCCCCCUCGGCCCCCUCCCCCACACUCAAUGCCACGCCGGCGCCCUGCCCCACCUCCACCUGGACCUCCAGCAGCUACCACCAGACCCAAGAGCAUGCCAGAAGCCAUUGCUGUGUCUGUGAGGCAACAGCAGUCCCCCAGCAGACGCCCAGCACCCGCUCGACCAUCAAUGGGUGCCAAGCAUAGCAGCCCAUCCAAAACUGUUAGCUCACCAAUCCCCGUGCCUUCAAACCCACCACCUCCUAGGCCUAAGAAGCCUGAUCUGGAAGCUCACCGCUGCCACAUUGCCCUGGAUGAUGAGACCAUCGCCAAGGCUCUGUCCCGUGCCAAGCUUCCAUCCUGCAAGCUUUCACCUGCCGUCCCUGCUGAUGAAAUACUGGACAAAAAUGAUGGGAGCCCAGAAUCCCUUCCUAAUGAGAGAGGACGCCAGCGGCUCAGUGACAUGAGCAUGUCUACUUCUUCUUCUGACUCACUGGAAUAUUCACAGUCUCCUGGAUUCUCUUUGGGCCUGGCCCCUAGCCCAUCCCAACACCUUAAUCAUCCAGUGGAAGAUAGUAGUGAAGACGAUGAAGAUGGAGAAGAAGAGGAAGAGGAAGACUAUGGCGUCGGCCUGGAGACGGACCUAGAAAUGCGCCUCCGUCCGUCCUUCAAAGCGCGGCGACACAGGGUCGGCGUGAGCCUGAGUGGUGGCUCUUUUGUCCUCCCCAGGGCGCUGAAGGGACGCUUCCGCAAGGUUAGCGGGAUGCUCAGCUCCCUCAUGACCCCGGAGAGACGGGCGGUGAAAAGGAUCGCUGAGCUGUCCAGGGACAAAAGCUCAUAUUUUGGCUCCCUAGUCCAGGAUUACAUCAGCUUUGUUCAGGAGAACCGAGGCUGUCACACAUCAGGGAUGGAUUUUCUGCAGACUCUCAGGCAGUUUAUGACACAGAUGAAGGCUUACCUGCGCCAGAGCUCUGAGCUAGACCCCCCUAUAGAGUCGCUCAUACCGGAGGACCAGAUUGACCAGGUGCUAGAGAAGGCCAUGCACAAGUGUGUCCUAAAGCCUCUGAAGAGCGUGAUCGAGGUGGCUUUACAUGACUUCCAGGUGAGCAGCGGAGCGUUGCAGCAGCUGAGGGAGAACCUGGCCCUGGCUAAGACUAAGGAGCCUCAGGAGCUAGGGGUGGACGGAGCUGUGCCCCCUGACCCCAUGGCUAUUGAGAAGAUCCGCCACAAGUUCCUAAACAUGAGGAAGAUGUACUCCCCCGAGAAAAAGGUGUCAUUGCUGCUGCGUGUGUGUAAACUCAUCUACACCAUCAUGCAGGAUAACUCAGGGAGGAUGUACGGUGCUGAUGACUUCCUGCCCAUGCUGACUUAUGUUGUUGCUCAGUGUGAGAUGCCUCAGCUAGACACAGAGAUCCAGUACAUGAUGGAGCUGCUGGACCCAUCUCUGCUGCAGGGAGAGGGGGGCUACUACCUAACCAGCGCGUACGGAGCCAUGGCCCUGAUCAAAAACUUCCAGGAGGAGCAGGCAGCCCGGGUGCUGAGCUCCGAGGCCAGGAACACUCUGCACCAGUGGCACCGCCGGCGCACCGCCCAGCGUUCAGUGCCGUCCAUGGAAGACUUUCAGAACUAUCUCCGUGUAGCCCUGCAGGAAGUGGACACUGGCUGCACGGCCAAAACCCUGGUCGUCCACCCUUACACAACAACAGAGGAAGUCUGCUCAAUCUGCGCCUACAAGUUCAAGAUCCCCGACCCUGAGAACUACGCACUGUUUCUGGUCACUGAGGACACCAGCCAGCAGCUCGCCCCGGACACACACCCUCAACGAAUCAAAGCUGAGCUCCACAGCCGGCCCUGUGCACACAUCUUCCACUUUCUUUACAGGAGGGUGCCUAACCUUAACCUCUGUAUUCCAGCUGUUAUGCACAAUGGAAACUGCCUUCACGUUGAAUAGUGGAGGAGUAUGUAACAGCUUGCUUCACUUGAUCCUAAACAACAGUUCUGUUUUGUGGUAUUGUCUCGGUGCUUGAAGAUGUUUGUAUUGUAAAUAGAUUUGAGGAUGUCUGAAUGGAAACAGAAACCAAGCUGUAUAUUGGCAUAGUGAUGCAGAUAUAAAAUGUUUUUUGAUCAAAUAUGACGCCAUGCAAAUGACAAGGUGAUUUAUUUUUAUGAGGAACCACAAAGGGGAAGGAUGGAAAGUGUUGGUGUUUCACUCACGCACCUCAAGAUUGGGGCUCAAAUUUGGGUCUGAAAGAAUGAAGGAAUUGUAAGUUUGUUCCAGGAUUUGUUCAAGUUACCAACAAUUUAGCCUUUUAGAGUCCACGUGGCCCUUAUCUGGUUUAAUAAGGCUGUAAAUUGAAAUUGUUGGACUGUGCAUAAAGGGUUGGUUGGCAGGAUUUUUAGUAUGUGAAGUGUUAAAUUCAGAAUGUUGGACAUCAACGACCUCAAAGCAAAGGUCAUACAUUUUAAUACAGUGGAAACCACUUAUAGCGAUCACAUCUGUCCAUGUCAAAUUGAUCACUAAUGAGUGGUUGAUCAUUUUAACCGCUUUUUCUUUUUUUCUAAUGCAGACAUUUUGAUUGAACACAUUUUUUACAAAAGAUACCUGCUGCUGUGAGAGAGUGGGGUGGCGAUAAUUACACACUGUAAAAGUGGGUAAAACUAACUGACAGCAGAAGGAAGAUAUCACAUGUGUGCACAGCAAGCACACGCACUCGCACAUAGUACAGUAAUGUUAAUAGAGCAGGCAGGGACAGUCAUUACACCCUGCGUCAGUCCCAAAACCUCGUACAAAUAAAUUAGAAGAGAGCCUAAACGCAAUGACAGCUUGCAAAAACUGAACACUGUAAGCAGACUACUAGAUUACUAUAAGCAAAUGAUUUAAAAAGCUUUUGUAUAGGAAUGAUUCUGUAAGCGGUUUCCACUGUAUUGCAUUUUAUGUAACUAACGUUUGCCUUAACUGCUGUGACCCCAGGUGCCUUAGAAAGGAAUUGAACAUACUGCGUGCUACUGAAAUCUUUCAGCUGUCAUCCAGUGAUUAGUCAGCUUUCAUCCAAAUGACCCAGAUAAAAACUAAAACAUUGAUUUAAUAAGUAAAAUUAUUGUUUUUUUUUAUUACUCUUAUUUUUAUUUUGUGCAAUUGCUGGUCAGUUGUAGCUUGUAUGUCUGUGUAGAAAUAUUUUUAUAUUCAAAUGUUACCUUUUUCAUCAGUAAAGUGACAAAGAUUUGUAUUCUGAUUUAAUAUUUCUGUACUGCACUCAAUAGUGGACUUGGAUUUAUGCCAGUUAUUUCUCAAAAGUCAAUUAAAAAACAGUUUCUAUUGUU